AUGCUCGAAGAAACUGGGGGCAUCACGGAAUUUGAAGCAAACUUUCGCAGUUCAUUUCAAAAAAACAGAUGGCUGUUGUUAGAUUCAACCAGCAGGGCCUUUCCUUCGCAACUUUCUUCACUUGUGUUUUGGCCUUUGGGCGUGACAGCAAGACAGUUGCAAGCUGCUAAGCAGUCUUGUCACGGUCUGACGGGUGCAAUGCAAGGAACUUGCACAAAGCAACUUUCAAAUGCACAUGGCCUUGGCUGUCUAUUUUCGUUCUCACGCUUUGCACCUCAGCUCUAUGCCAAUGAAAAGCAGAGUGGUGAGUAG